AUGGCGCGCGAUCUCCAAAAACUGGUCUGGGCUUUGAUUUUCCUUGGCACUGCUUACGCAUCAAGCUGCCCCUGGACGCACAGUUGGGAAUGGCAAGGCGUGUUCCACGUGCAUGAGGGCGGUAUGCUGGUGUGGAGCGCAGAGAAGAAUAAAGAAGAUUAUGCGGAUCGGAGUAUGAAGAUGGUAAUUCAGACCACAUCGAGCGCAACUGCCUCAGGGUUGGAUGCUGCACAGGAGGGAGAGGCUGCUCAGAGCGCGUGGAAUGGCCCUUUCCAGACAGCGCAGCCGGGUGAAGUGUUACACCUCAACAAUGCGUACAACCUCAUCUUUGAUGCAAGUGCCGGGCACCACUGCGUGAUCUGGGAAGUGGGUGCCUGGGUGAUUUUGUUCAAAAUCCAGAGCACUCCCGAAACAAACAUCGCAAUCUUUGCUGAGCAUCUGCCGACCGAGUUCGAAAAUCGUUUUCACUACUUCAUUGCUGCGGACAAUGAGGAGAUUGAACCAGCCUAUGAGGUAAGUGAAUCUGACUGCAACAGUGUCACCGCGCCUGGUAGCAUGGACCGCUCGGGCGAGGUGAUACUUGCAGGCAUCCUUGUCAUGUUGCCUACCUUGCUUGGCAUCCUCUUCGUCGUGAACUCAUGCCCUGGUGCAAUGGAGAAGAUGCAGAGAUUCAUGCCCUUCAUGAAUGCCGCCGCCAGCGGCGUGCUGGUGGCAGUUGCUGUCUUCCUGAUCUUGCCGGAGGCGCAUCACCUUCUGGCCAGUAAAGGCGAGGCAGCCUCCGCAGCCCUCUGGGGCAGCAGCAUCAUUGGCGGCUGGCUGAUGGGUGUGCUGAGUGUCAUGUCCUCCGCCAUGAUCCGUCGCUUGUGUUCCAAGACGGCUGCAGAGUCUCAAAAUGCCAUGGAUCUGGAAACAGAAUCAGAAAGCUCGGACCAGAGCAAGUCUGUCAAUAAACCCUCAGAGAAGAUCAUGGCCAAAAAGUGGCUCAUUGCCCUGCCUGUGGAACUUGGAGAUUGGUUCCACAACUUCGCGGAUGGACUGGUCAUUGGCAUAGCAUUCCGUUAUUGUGACCCCAGUUUUGCAUGGAAGAUAGUGGGGAUAUCGGUCGCACAUGAGCUUCCACAAGAACUGGCCGACCUCCACGUGCUGAUCAACAAGGCCGGUUUGCACUGGACCACCGCCACCCUGUUCAAUGUGUUCAGCGGUUCGGCCGUGAUCAUUGGAGCCUGUCUCACCUACUUCGUGGACAUCGGCCAGGAGGCUCAGGGCGAACUUCUGGCCUUAGGUGCCGGAGUGUUCCUCUUCGUGGGGAUGACGCAGUUGGGCACUGGCAUGACAGACGUGGAGACAGAGACCAAGAAGCCAUGCCGCGACAUGCUGGGUACGCUUCUUUGCUUCAUCCUCGGCGCUGUAUGCAUCGGUUUGAUCUUGAUAGACCACCGACACUGCGCCGUGCCACUUGCGGAAGGCGAAGUUGAUCCGCAUGCCGGCCAUGGGCAUUAA